AUGUCUGCGGCGGACCUAGGGGCUCAGAUACGGGAAUGGCUGGAGGAGACGGAUGCCAUCCGGGCCAAGUGUCGGUCCAUCUCGGGAAGGCUGAGUGGCGACAUAAAGAAGCGGCUAAGCUGGGCGAAGGAGGCACUGCUAACCCUUACAGGGAAGGCAGUAUCGGCCUACGACCCUGCACCGCUGAGGGCGCGAAACACGGAGCUCUCAGCCCAGCUCCGCAAGGCUGAAAGGGAGAAGGAGGAAGCGCAGCGGGAACUCGCGGAGGUAAAGCGGGAAUUAGAGAGAGCCAAGGAGCAGGCGGUCGACCGUAGCGUGACGACCUACGCCCGCGUGACCAGUGACGGGGGAGCAGGAGGAGGGGCGAGGGCCACCUCACGAUCGGACAGAAUGGGACAGGGCCGAGCGCUCACCCCGCUCAACGUAAGGGCUGCUAAAAGCAGGCACGAAGGCCUUGACCCAGCAGCGGAAACGCCGACGCCCGGUAGCGCUCCGGAUUCGGGGCUACGACUAACGGAGGCCGAGCUUGGGCUACUCCCGGCCAGCCUUAGAGAAAAGGAGACAGCCCUUGAGCGGCAGCUGACCUCCAUCGGUGAAGUCUGGAAGGAACUAAGGAAGAUGUCGCGACAGAUCCAGCUCCUGGGGGACAUGGACAGAGGGAGGGCGUCGCAAACACCGGUUGAACCCGAACCCCCCUCAACAACAAGCGGGAUAAUCGAGACCCGCGGAGGUGCAACCGACACACCAAGGGUGGGCGGCGAAGACGGGUGGACAACCGUUGGUAACGGUAGGCGGAACCCAAGGAGGGAUCAGGGUGAGGCCGCCAGAGCAGAGCCGCCAGCAGGGGCUCCCGCCGCGGCCCGGCAAACCGCCGCCAGGCCUACCGGCGGACGGCAACACGAAGGGAACGCUAACGCACAGGUGACCGUGUCUAAGAAGAACGCGAGUCGGAGGCCCCCGAGAUCAGCCGCCGUGGCGAUCAAGGGGACCGGGGACAAUGUUAACUACGGGGAAAUAUUGCGCAGGGUGAGAGAGAAGAUCUCCCUCACGGAGCUGGAAAUGCCAGCGACCAAGAUCCGGCGCUCUGCCAACCGGGGAGUACUGAUCGAAGUAGCCGGCCCAGAUGGAGCGCAAAAAGCCGACGUACUGGCGGCACACCUCGGCGAGAUGACGAGGGCCGAAUACGGGGACGCGGUUCGAAUCUCGCGCCCCAUCACCAAGGGAGAAAUCCGAGUCCUGGGCAUGGACGACUCCGUAACAGCGGAAGAGCUUGCCGCCAUAAUGGCUGCAACAGGAGGGUGCGGAAUCGAGGCGGUAAAGGUCGGACCCCUGCGGGAGAUGACCAACGGCCUGCGGAGCGCGUGGGUCCAGUGCCCGCUGGGAGCGGCCACGAAAAUAGCCGCAAAGGGGAAGAUACCGGUAGGAUGGACGACGGUGCGAGUCAACCUCCUCGAGGCCCGACCGCGGCAAUGCUUUCGGUGCUGGGAAUUCGGUCACAUUGGGGCGACCUGCAAGGCACCCAAAGCGCACGGGGCAGCGUGCUACAGGUGCGGCGGCGAAGGGCACCAGGCGCGAACGUGCACGGCGGCUCCCAGAUGCGCCAUCUGCGCAGAGAGGGGCGGCAACAGCGCGCAUAGAAUGGGUUCCGGACAAUGUCCGGCAGUAGAGGAGCGGGGUCGGAGGCCCGCAGCGGUGACGAACCGAAAUGGCCAGGCUGCCCCAAAGACGGGGACGGACGUGUGUAUCAUCUCGGCGCCACCCACCGCCUCGGACUCGCCGCGCUGGGUCAGCAGCAGGGAGGGACGGGCAGCAGUAACCUGGGGGUCAGGGGACUUUCGGCAAGGUUGCCGGCUAGGUAGCAGAGGAGAGGGAUACGUUUCCGUUAUCUGCCGUCAGAUAACGGUCAUCUCCGUAUAUAUCUCCCCAAACAUCACCUUGGAGGAUUUCACCGCACGCCUCGAUGACCUAGGGGAGGCCGUCCGAUCAGCAGACCGCAACCAGGGGGUAAUAGUGGGCGGGGACUUCAAUGCCCGCUCACCAGCGUGGGUCCCCACAGGCGCGAACCGUAGAGGAGAGAUCCUGGGGAGCUGGGCAGCAUCCCUCGGGCUCUGCCUACUCAAUACCGGCGCAACGGCGACCUGCGUCAGACCCCAGGGGUGUUCAGUCGUGGACACCACCUGGGCCACACCGGGCCUAGCCGUAAGGGUAAGGGGAUGGAGGGUUCUCACGGGGAUCGAGAACCUCUCGGACCACCGGUACAUCGCCUUCGAGGUGGUGGACCGUCCUCAGGCCGGUGAAUCCCCGCCGAACAGAGGAACGACUGGCCGCCGUUGGAACCUAAACAAGUUCAAGGAGGAGAGGUUCCACGAGUCCUUAGCGCUACAGCUGGCGUGGGGACCGACUGGACCGGACCGGAUGACGGCAAAUGGGCUUGCCAGGUGGAUCGGGCAGGCGAUGAUAGAAGCCUGCAACGCGGCCGCGCCCAGGUCCCGCCCACCUCCGCACAGGAAAUCCGUGCACUGGUGGACCGACGAAGUAGCCGAGCUGCGCAGGGCCUGCAUCCGAACUAUGAGACGGAUGACAAGGCGUGACCACACCCUGUGGGCGGGCUCGCUGUGGGAGGCGGAAUACAAGGAAGCCAAACGCAAACUGCGAGAAGGGAUCAAGGCAGCCAAGGCUCGGGCCUGGCAGGACCUGAUCAGUGCAGUGGAGACGGACCCCUGGGGACUGCCGUACAGAAUGGUGUUUAACAGGCUGCGGGGGUCCUCACCAGGAUUGACGGAGACCCUGGACCCGGCCAUCACCGAGGGGCUGCUGUCCUCUCUAUUCCCGCACCGGGCUUCGCGCGGCGAAGACCAACGGGAGGAGGAGGCAGAGGCACGCGGAGAAGAGGGAUGGCGAGACGAGUGGGCAGUGAGCCCGGAAGAGGUCCGCACGGCCCUCAAAAAGGGGGGGGGGGGGCAAAAAAACACGGCACCGGGACUGGACGGGGUGAAGGGGAAGAUCUGGGCUAUCGUCCCAGACGACAUGGUGGCCCUCCUAGCCCAGUGCUACUCCAAGUGUCUACAGGAGGGGGAGGUUCCCCGGGAGUGGAAGACGGCACGACUGGUGCUUAUCCCCAAAGGGGGGAGCAUGGCGGGGGACCCGCUGCCAAAGGUCAGGCCCAUAUGUCUGCUGAGCGAAAUCAGCAAGGGCUUCGAGCGAGUGGUAGUCGAGCGGCUGAAAGGGUGGAUGGCGGAAAACCCUGCGGCGGAUCUCGCAGAGGGUCAGUACGGCUUCCGGGAGGGCAGGGCAACGUGCGACGCGCUGCUGAGGGGGUCGGUAUUGGGCCCACUCCUGUGGAACCUCUGCUUCGACGGGGUCCUUCGGGUACGCAGGGAAGAGGGGUGCGACGUUCUCUGCUACGCGGACGAUACGCUGGUUCUCAGCUCGGCGGGGGACAUGGCUACCGCGAUCGUCUUAGCUGAGGUCCAGGUGGCGACGGUCGUGAGGCGGAUUAACCGCCUGGGGCUGACGGUGUCGGCCACCAAAACCCAGGUGGUUGCGAUUACCAAGGGCCGGGAAUGGCGACACUGGGCAACGCAGAGCCCAUGCCUCAGGGUAGGGGGGGAGGCAGUUGCGGUAAGUAGCUACAUGCAGUACCUGGGAAUUACGCUAGACGCCCGGCUCAACUUUCGUGAGCACUUCGCGCGAGUGGAGAGCAAGGUGGCGAAAUCGACGCGUGCGUUAUUCAGGCUGAUGCCAAACCUGCGGGGACCCACAGAACAGAGGAGGAGGCUGUACGCGGAGGUGAUAUACGCGAUCAUCCUCUACGGAGCUCCAGCGUGGAGCGACGCGACGUCUGACCGCGCCGUUAAGCGACGGCUACAAAGAAUGAAACGUACGGUACAGAUAAGGGUCGCAUCGGCGUACCGUACCGUAUCUCUGGUAGCAGCAUCCAUGCUGACGCGAUCACCAUCACCGGUGUUCGCGAGCGCCAUCAUGAGGGAAAAGGAGCAAGCUGAGCGGAUGCGCCAGCAGGGCCUAGCGCGCGCGGCGGAAAGAGUUUCCAGCGACACGGGCUCGGGGGGAUAA